AUGGCGGCCUCCUCCUCCGCCACAGCCGGGAAACAGAGGAUUCCUCAAGCAGCCAAGGUCAAAAACAAAGCUGCAGCUCCCGUUCAGAUCACUGCCGAGCAACUGCUCCGAGAAGCCAAAGAACGAGAGCUCGAACUUCGGCCGCCUCCGCCUGCACAGAGGAUCGCGGACCAGGAAGAACUCAGUGACUACAAGCUGAGGAGAAGGAAGACUUUCGAAGACAACCUCAGGAAAAACAGGACUGUGCUGAGGAACUGGAUCAAAUACGCCAGGUGGGAAGAAAGUCUAAAGGAGAUCCAAAGGGCUCGGUCCAUCUACGAGCGUGCUUUAGAUGUGGACUAUGGCAACAUCCCCCUCUGGCUGAGCUACGCAGAAAUGGAAAUGAAGAAUCGCCAGGUCAACCAUGCCCGGAAUGUGUGGGAGCGGGCCGUCACCACGCUGCCGCGAGUCAGCCAGUUCUGGUACAAGUACACGGCCAUGGAGGAGAUGCUGGGGAACAUUGCCGGUGCCCGGCAGGUGUUUGAGCGCUGGAUGGAAUGGCAGCCCGAGGAGCAAGCCUGGCACGCCUACAUUAACUUGGAGCUGAGAUACAGAGAGGUAGAGCGGGCACGCACCAUUUAUCAACGAUUUGUUCUUGUGCACCCCCACGUGAAGAACUGGAUCAAAUAUGCCCGCUCCGAAGAGAAGCAGGCUGCCUUUGCCCAUGCCCGCCAAGUGUAUGAGAGAGCUGUGGAGUUCUUCGGAGAAGAACACAUGGAUGAACGCCUUUUCGUUGCGUUUGCCAAGUUUGAGGAAAACCAGAAAGAAGUGGAGAGGGCCCGAGUCAUCUACAAGUAUGCCUUGGACAGAAUUCCCAAACACCGGGCCCAGGAGCUCUUGAAAAACUACACCAUCUUUGAGAAGAAGUUUGGUGACAGGCCGGGUAUUGAAGCUCUCAUCGAGAGCAAAUGCAGGGCCAAGUAUGAAGCAGAAGUGAGGGCUAAUCCGCUCAAUUUCGAUUCCUGGUUUGAUUACUUGCGCCUGCUGGAAAGCCACGCAGAAGCGGAAACAGUGCGAGAGGUUUAUGAGAGAGCCAUGGCCAAUGUCCCCCCCAGUCAGGAGAAGAGGCACUGGAAGCGCUACAUCUACCUCUGGGUCCGCUAUGCGCUCUAUGAAGAACUGGAGGCAAAGGAUCCCGACAGGACCAGACAGGUGUAUCAGGCCUCUUUGCAAUUAAUUCCUCACCGCAAGUUCACAUUUGCCAAAAUGUGGCUCUAUUACGCAAAAUUUGAAAUACGACAGAAAAAUGUACCAUUUGCCAGGAGAGUUUUGGGGACUUCCCUGGGCAAAUGUCCAAAGAACAAGUUGUUCAAAGGCUACAUAGAGCUGGAACUGCAGCUGCGAGAAUUCGACAGAUGCCGGAAGCUUUACGAGAAGUGGCUGGAAUUUGCACCUGAGAAUUGUGCCUCGUGGAUUCAGUUUGCGGAAGUAGAGACACUCCUUGGGGAUCUGGAGAGAGCCCGGGCGAUUUAUGAGUUAGCCAUCAGCCAGCCACGCUUAGACAUGCCAGAGGUGCUUUGGAAAUCGUACAUCGACUUUGAAAUGGAGCAGGAAGAAACGGAGAGACCACGAAACCUUUACCGACGCUUGCUCCAGUGCACGCAACACGUCAAAGUAUGGAUCAGCUGGGCUCGCUUUGAGUUGUCUACAGGAGAAGAAGGAAGUGUGGCUAGAUGCAGACAGAUCUAUGAGGAGGCUAACCAAACCAUGAGGAACUGUGAAGACAAGGAAGACAGGCUGCUGCUGCUGGAAUCUUGGAGGAGCUUCGAAGAUGAAUUUGGGACAGUAUCAGAGAAGGACCAAGUAAACAAACUCAUGCCAAAGAAAGCCAAGAAGAGAAGAAAGGUCCAGACUGACUAUGGGUCUGAGGCAGCCUGGGAAGAAUACUAUGACUAUAUCUUCCCAGAAGACGCAGCCGCCAACCUAGCUAACCUCAAGCUCCUGGCCAUGGCCAAACAUUGGAAGAAACAACAACAGGAGAAGGAGGCUGCCGAGCAACGUGCUCAUGAGGACAUGAAGGAGAGUGCAGUUCCAACAUUCCUGCAAAUGCACUUUGUCCAGAACCCUAAUGACGCAAGGAAGUUGGAAAUUGAUCUGAUCCACAAGGUUUGCAAGGACCCCUCCCUUGGGGAUGCCAAGUGA